UUCGAUGCCGCCGUUGUCUCGUUGUCUUCUGAAGAAGAGGAAGAAGAGGAGCAGGUACCCACUGAUGGGGGCACGUCCGCAGAGGCCAUGCAGGUUCCCCUGGAGGAAGAUGAUGAGUUGGAGGAGGAGGAGAUUAUUAACGAUGAGAAUUUCCUGGGUAAGAGACCAUUGGACAGCCCCGAAGCUGAAGAAAUGCCUGCCAUGAAGCGACCGCGGCUGCUGAGCGCUAAAGGAGACACCCUAGACGUGGUGCUGCUGGAAGCUCGAGAGCCACUUAGCUCAAUAAAUACGCAGAAGAUUCCGCCGAUGCUCUCUCCGGUCCACGUGCAGGACAGCGCUGACCUGGCGCCUCCGUCACCUGAGCCGCCUAUGUUGGCGCCAGUAGCAAAAUCACAAAUUCCAACUGCAAAACCACUGGAAACAAAGGCAUUUAUACCUAAAACAAAGACCAAAACUACUUCUCCAGGACAGAAAACUAAAUCACCUAAAACUACCCCAUCACCAGCAGUAGUCGGAAGUCCUAUUCGGUCACCAAAAACUGUAUCCAAAGAGAAGAAAUCACCUGGACGUUCCAAGAGCCCCAAAAGUCCCAAAAGCCCCAAGACUGUGACUCAUAUUCCCCAGCUACCGGUUAGACCCGAAACGCCCAAUAGGACCCCUUCGGCUGCAGUAAAUGAAAAGAUGAGCAAAGAGCCUGUGCCCGGGAAGCAAACGCAGGCUCCUCCUGACGCGGGGAAACCCAGCAACGAGAUUCAGCCGAAAAGGGCCGUGGUGACUGAUAAAACAAUUGACGACUCUAUUAAUGCUGUGAUUGCACGCGCCUGUGCGGAGCGGGAGCCAGAUCCUUUUGAAUUUUCUUCUGGGUCGGAGUCCGAGGGAGACAUUUUUACCAGCCCUAAGAGAAUUUCUGGUUCGGAGUGCACCACUCCAAAAGCUUCCACUUCCUCGAACAAUUUCACAAAGUCCACCCCUCUGCCUCUUUCAGGUGGAACUUCGAGCUCAGAUAACUCAUGGACAAUGGACGCCUCCAUUGACGAGGUUGUACGGAAGGCCAAACUGGCAACCCCUUCCAGUGCGCCCGCCAGCUUCCCGUACGUCUCCUCGCCCUCAGUGUCCCCUCCCACGCCUGAGCCGCUCCACAAAGUGUACGAGGAGAAAACCAAGCCGCCUUCCUCUGUGGAGGUCAAGAAGAAGUUGAAAAAAGAGCUAAAGACUAAAUUGAAAAAGAAAGAAAAGCAGAGAGAUAAGGAGAGGGAAAAAGACAAAAGCAAAGAAAAAGGUAAAGACAAGGAUAAAGUGAAAGAGAAAGAAAAGGAAGCUGGCAAGGAGACAAAAUACCCGUGGAAGGAGUUUCUUAAAGAUGAAGAUUCGGAUCCCUAUAAGUUUAAAAUUAAAGAAUUUGAAGAGGUUGAUGCAAAAGUGAGAUUGAAAGAUGGAAUUGUGAGGAAGGAGAAGGAGAAGCAUAAAGAUAAGAAGAAAGACAGGGAAAAAGGGAAAAAGGAUAAAGAUAAGAGAGAAAAAGAAAGGGCUAAAGAAAAAGGGCGGGAAGAUAAGGUGAAGGCGCCUCCAACAGCACUGGUGCUGCCCCCCAAGGACAUGGCCCUGCCCCUGUUCAGCCGCGCCGCGGCGGUCAGGGUCCCCUCCCUGCUGCCUGCCUUGUCGCCCAUGCUCCCGGAAAAGCUGUUUGAGGAGAAAGAGAAACCUAAGGAGAAAGAACGGAAAAAAGACAAAAAGGAGAAGAAGAAAAAGAAAGAGAAAGAAAAGGAAAAGGAGAAGAAAGAGAAGGAAAGAGAAAAAGAGAAGAAAGAGAGAGAGAAGAGAGAGAAAGAGAAGGAGAAGCACAAGCAUGAAAAA